AUGAAUGGAAAUUACAACACUGCAGCAGGACAGCCCACUGGCACAACUGCUACCCCCGGUGUUCCUCAAGGUCAACAACAACAACAACAACAACAACAGCCAUAUGGCUCAUACUACAUGUACAACCAACAACAGCAACAACCAGGAGCAGCAACAACAACAUCAGGAGCAGCAGCUUCUACAACAGAUUACUCAUCAUACAGACCACAAUACCAAUACCCACCUUCACAAUCUGCUUAUUACCAACAGCAACAACAACAACAACACGUUCCUGGCCAAUUGUCACAGCCCCAACCACUGUACAAUGCUGGCAGAAACUAUACUAGUGCACCAGCAGCACCACAACCACCAACUUCUGCAUCUUCAUUGCAACAACAACAACAACAACUCCACCACCAACCACCAGUGUCACAGUCUCAUCUUGCAUCAGCAGCACAAGCCACGCCAUUGCAAGACACUUUGAACCCAACAAGUACCUCUACCGUGGGCCAGUUCCAACCACCAGGGAUCAGACCAAGAGUCACCACCACAAUGUGGGAAGACGAAAAGACCCUUUGUUACCAAGUCGAUGCCAACAACGUCUCAGUCGUGCGCAGGGCUGAUAACAAUAUGAUCAAUGGUACCAAAUUGUUGAAUGUUGCACAAAUGACCAGAGGUAGAAGAGACGGUAUUUUGAAGCUGGAGAAGGUGAGACACGUGGUAAAGAUUGGAUCAAUGCACUUGAAAGGUGUCUGGAUCCCCUUUGAAAGAGCAUUGACCAUGGCACAGCGGGAAAACAUCGUUGACUUGUUGUACCCCUUAUUUGUCAGAGACAUCAAGAGAGUGAUUCAAACUGGAGUGACUCCAAACACCGGCGCAUCUGCUGGCAAUGCUGGUGGUGCUAAUGCUUCCUCUGCUGUUGCUACUUCUUCUUCUUCUUCUGGAAACCCAAAUGCGGGUUCAAUUAGUGCUCCAGGUACCGCACCAAGCGACUCAAAGUCUAUUGUUAGUGGUGGCGGGAAUGUUUCUGCAGUAACAAGUGCAACCAGUCCCUCUACAAGCAAAAUCAAUGCAUCGAACCCGCAACAACAGGGUACUGCUGCAUACUACCAAAACUAUAGCCAACAAUAUCCACAAGCGUACGCACAGUACAGCAGUGGUGCACAACAACCAGGAAGUGUAGGUGUUGGAGCCACCACUGCUACCACCACCACCACCGGCAACAACACUACAGGAGCAGCCGACCACGCCUAUCCUCAACAACAACAACAACAAAACUACAACUACCAACAAGGAUACUAUGCCAACACUGCAGCCGGUACCAACUCAGCCGCCUCGGGUGCUGGACAGUAUUACCCAUACCAAAACUAUAGCAAUUACCCACAACAGGGUGGCUAUAACUACGCGUAUCUGCAACAACCUCAGCAGCAACUGCAUCACCUUCAACAGCAGCAACCACACGCACAGGUUGGAGGUGUUUCGGGUGGUGCAAAUGCAGCUGGUGUUGCAGGUACAGGUACUGCACAACAGUCUCCACAAGUUGCCAACAUCCAAUCGCAGUCGUCUACACAAGUUUCUCCCCAGCAGCAGGCCCGUGGUGCAGCAAAAGAAGAGAAAUGA